AUGAAAGAUUUUCCUGUGGUACAUUCUAACGUUUUUGUAUUAUUUAUUGCUACUACGGCCUUUUAUGCUCAGCCACGUCAAGAAUAUAUUGUGGCUUCAAAUACAUAUUAA